CAAAACCGCCAUUGACAUCACAUCGAAGCAGGUUGAGCUUGCAACUCGUGGGCUAAAUGACCCGUUGUCAGGAUGGACAUCGUUACCUGUCACUGUCUAAAGUGCCAAUCGGAGUUGGGGCGCUUCAGGAACUCCUGGAAUGGGAUUGGCAAUACCUACUUCAGCCCUGUGCAUCCUCCUCUGAGCGUUAACGGGGUUGAGAGUACUGGAGAUAUCUACGAAGCCGCCCAAGGUUCUCAAAUUGAAGACAGCCUUCUUCAAGAUCUAGCAUGUGCAGUAUGUCAGCAUGUUCUAGGUUUACGGUGCGACAGUGCGCCAGAUAGUCAUCUGUUGCAGCAUUUAAAUUUACCUGGAUCAGAGGGGUCAGGACUUUUAAUAUUCUACUUCGAGAACCUCUGAGAUUUUGGGAAGGGGCGGCGUUUAUUGUACGACCACCCAAGGGAACAUUCGGACUGGAAGCAGUUGAAAUGUUCUAGGGGCUCGAGACAUA